CCAGGGCCCCAAAGCGGGCAAGCCAUACCUGGCAGAGACCCCCCCCCCUUCCCCUCCCACCCAGAAGGCCAGGUUGGGCCAAAUGGUUGAGUCCCACCAGGGGGAAGGGAAAGGGGCGAGUCCUGGGGAGACCCCACCCACAGCAGCAGCAGCAGCAAGACUCCUGGGAGAAGAGUUGCAGAUGCAGGAGCUGGUCUUUCCCCAUCUCUUCCCUCUCAGGGGCAUUUGCCUUUGCUUCAUGACAUCUACAGAUGGAGAAGGGAAGAGGUUCUUCAGUCUUGAUGGAGCCCAGAGUGAAGAUGGAAGAGCCAAACCAGACCAGCCCGGAAGGGGGAAGAGAGCCCAAUGAAAUGUGGGGCAGGAGAACUGUUGGAUCCCCAGGCAGAAUGGGUCAAGAUGCCCUGGAGGAGAAGGCCUUCAGGGCAAACCUUCAGUACCAACGCUUCCAGGGCUUUCGCUUCCAGGAGGCUUUGGGGCCCCGAGAGGUUUGCAGCCGCCUCCACUCUCUCUGCUGCCUGUGGCUGAAGCCUGAGGAACAUACAAAGGCAGAGAUGCUGGACCUGGUGCUCCUGGAGCAGUUCCUGGCCGUCCUUCCUGCGGAGAUUGAGCGCUGGGUGAGGGAAUGUGGGGCAGAGACCAGUUCCCAGGCCGUGGCUUUGGCUGAAGGAUUCCUUCUGAGUCGGGCAGAAGAGGAGAAGGUGCUGCAGGAAGAGCGGCAGGAGAGAGAGGACCUUCAGGCCCAGGAGGCCCCACUGGAGACCAGCCAGGGCUUCCUUUCCAGGUGGAUCAAGGUGGAGGAAAACACAGGAGAGUCUCCACUGGAUGAGGCAAGGGUGCUGGGAAGAUGUGGCAGCUUCCCUGUUUCUGAAGCAGGAGAAGUGGCAUCCAUUCGACAAGAUCAGGUGAUAUUUGAGGAUGUAGCUGUACAUUUCAGUGUGGAGGAAUGGGCCUUACUGGAUCCGGAUCAACGGGCCCUGCACUGGGAGGUCAUGGAAGAAAAUUAUAGGAUGGUGUCUUCUCUGGGUGGUGAUGCACAAGGGAGUGAAAAUGGGGAAGUACAAAAUAAAAUGUGGCUGAAAAUAGCAAGAAGUAAAAAGGAAGAAGAAAGAAGUGUAAGAAUAGAAGCAGGAGAAUAUAAAAGAAAGCAGUGCCCUGCUGACACCAGGGAAAUCACAAUCCAAGAGACAAUAGUCGAAAGCAGGAAGAUUGGAAACAGUGCUGUCUAUGAAAAUUGCUUUUUCCAGGAGGCAUCUAGUAUACGCCCUACACACCAUGAAAAAUACCAUAUUGGGGAUGAGUCAUAUAAAUGCCUGGAGUGUGGAAUUUUUUUUUCUGAUAAGAGAAGUCUUAUUGGACACGAAAUGAAUCACAGAGGAGAGAAACCCUAUAAAUGUUUGCAGUGCGGGAAGAGUUUCUGUUGGAAAAAUAAACUAAAGCUGCACCAAAACAUCCACAGAGGAGAGAGGCCAUAUAAAUGCCUGGAGUGUGGGAAAUGUUUCUCUUUGAAAGGAAACCUCAGCAAACACCAAAGAACCCACAUGCAAGAGAAGCCAUAUAAAUGCCUGGAGUGUGGAAAAGGUUUUUCUGAUAAGAGAAAUCUUAUUGCACAUGAAAUGAAUCACAAAGGAGAGAAGCCAUAUAAAUGCCUGGAGUGUGGAAAAGGUUUUUCUGAUAAGAGAAAUCUUAUUGCACAUGAAAUGAAUCACAAAGGAGAGAAGCCAUAUAAAUGCCUGGAAUGUGGAAAAGGGUUUUCUGAUAAGAGACGUCUUACUGGACAUGAAAUGAAACACAGAGGAGAGAACUCCUAUAAAUGCCUGGAAUGUGGGAAAUGUUUCUCUUGGAAGGGAAACCUCAAAAUUCACAAAAGAACCCACACAAAAGAGAAGCCAUAUAAAUGCCUGGAGUGUGGAAAAGGUUUUUCUUAUAAGAGAAGUUUUAUUGUACAUGAAAUGAAUCACAAAGGAGAGAAGCCAUAUAAAUGCCUGGAGUGUGGAAAAGGGUUUUCUGAUAAGAGAAAUCUUAUUGGUCAUGAAAGGAAACACAGAGGAGAGAACCCCUAUAAAUGCCUGGAGUGUGGGAAAUGUUUCUCUUUGAAAGGAAACCUCAAAAUCCAUAAAAGAACCCACACACACGAGAAGCCAUAUAAAUGCCUGGAGUGUGGAAAAGGUUUUUCUGAUAAGAGAAAUCUUAUUGUACAUGAAAUGAAUCACAAAGGAGAGAAGCCAUAUAAAUGCCUGGAGUGUGGAAAAGCUUUUUCUUAUAAGAGAAAUUUUAUUGUACAUGAAAUGAAACACAGAGGAGAAAAGCCAUAUAAAUGCCUGGAGUGUGGAAAAGGGUUUUCUGAUAAGAGAAAUCUUAUUGGACAUGAAAGGAAACACAGAGGAGAGAACCCCUAUAAAUGCCUGGAGUGUGGGAAAUGUUUCUCUUUGAAAGGAAACCUCAAAAUCCACAAAAGAACCCACACACACGAGAAGCCAUAUAAAUGCCUGGAGUGUGGAAAAGGUUUUUCUGAUAAGAGAAAUUUUAUUGUACAUGAAAUGAAACACAGAGGAGAAAAGCCAUAUAAAUGCCUGGAGUGUGGAAAAGGUUUUUCUGAUAAGAGAAAUUUUAUUGUACAUGAAAUGAAACACAGAGGAGAAAAGCCAUAUAAAUGCCUGGAGUGUGGAAAAGGUUUUUCUGAUAAGAGAAAUCUUAUUGCACAUGAAAUGAAUCACAAAGGAGAAAAGCCAUAUAAAUGCCUGGAGUGUGGAAAAGGUUUUUCUGAUAAGAGAAGUUUUAUUGUACAUGAAAUAAAUCACAAAGGAGAAAAGCCAUAUCAAUGCCUGGAGUGUGGAAAAGCGUUCUCUGAUAAGAGAAAUUUUAUUGUACAUGAAAUGAAACACAGAGGAGAGAAACCCUAUACAUGCAUGGAGUGUGGGAAAUGUUUCUCCCAGAAGGGAAACCUCAGCAGACACCAAAGAACCCACACGCAAGAGAAGCCAUAUAAAUGCCUGGAGUGUGGAAAAGGUUUUUCUGAUAAGAGAAAUCUUAUUGUACAUGAAAUGAAUCACAAAGGAGAGAAGCCAUAUAAAUGCCUGGAGUGUGGAAAAGGGUUUUCUGAUAAGAGACGUCUUACUGGACAUGAAAUGAAACACAGAGGAGAGAACCCCUAUAAAUGCCUGGAAUGUGGGAAAUGUUUCUCUUGGAAGGGAAACCUCAAAAUCCACAAAAGAACCCACACACAAGAGAAGCCAUAUAAAUGCCUGGAGUGUGGAAAAGGUUUUUCUGAUAAGAGAAGUUUUAUUGUACAUGAAAUGAAUCACAAAGGAAAAAAGCCAUAUAAAUGCCUGGAGUGUGGAAAAGGUUUUUCUGAUAAGAGAAGUUUUAUUGUACAUGAAAAGAAUCACAAAGGAGAGAAGCCAUAUAAAUGCCUGGAGUGUGGAAAACCUUUUUCUGAUAAGAGAAAUUUUAUUGUACAUGAAAUGAAACACAGAGGAGAGAAACCCUAUAAAUGCCUGGAGUGUGGGAAAUGUUUCUCUUGGAAGGGAAAUCUCAAAAUCCACAAAAGAACCCACACACAAGAGAAGCCAUAUAAAUGCCUGGAGUGUGGGAAAGGUUUUUAUGAUAAGAGAAGUUUUAUUGUACAUGAAAUGAAUCACAAAGGAGAGAAGCCACAUAAAUGCCUGGAGUGCGGAAAAGGAUUUUCUGAUAGGAGAAAUCUUAUUGGACAUGAAAUGAAACACAGAGGAGAGAACCCCUAUAAAUGCCUGGAGUGUGGGAAAUGUUUCUCUUUGAAGGGAAACCUCAAAAUCCACAAAAGAACCCACACACAAGAGAAGCCAUAUAAAUGCCUGGAGUGUGGAAAAGGUUUUUCUUAUAAGAGAAGUUUUUUUGUACAUGAAAUGAAUCACAAAGGGGAAAAGCCAUAUAAAUGCCUGGAGUGCGGAAAAGGGUUUUCUGAUAAGAGAAAUCUUAUUGGACAUGAAAGGAAACACAGAGGAGAGAAACCCUAUAAAUGCCUGGAGUGUGGGAAAUGUUUCUCUUUGAAGGGAAACCUCAAAGUCCACAAAAGAACCCACACACAAGAGAAGCCAUAUAAAUGCCUGGAGUGUGGAAAAGGUUUUUCUUAUAAGAGAAGUUUUAUUGUACAUGAAAUGAAUCACAAAGGAGAAAAGCCAUAUAAAUGCCUGGAGUGUGGAAAAGGGUUUUCUGAUAAGAGAAGUCUUACUGGACAUGAAAUGAAUCACAGAGGAGAGAAACCCUAUAAAUGCCUGGAGUGUGGGAAGAGUUACAACCGUAAAUCUGUUCUUACAGCUCACUGGAACAGUCAUACAGGAAAGUGUGGGAAGAGUUUUAGCUACAAAUCAGACUUCAAAAAUGUCCAGAAUAGUCCUAGAGAAGACAAAACUAAAGACAUGUCUGGAGUGAGGGAAAAGCUUCCAUUGGUGAACAAGUUUCAAGACCCACUAAAAACCCACAUGGAUGAGAAGUAAAGCCUGGAAUCUGAUAAAAGUUUGAACUGUAAAUCAAUCCUCAAAGAUUACCGGAAUAUUCACAAAAAGCCUUUAAAAAUGCUCAGAGGGAAAGGAAGAGUUGCAUCCUCAAUUUGGGCCUCAAAACUCUCCAGGAGAGAAAGUAUACGCACACCAAGAGUGUAGGAAGAAUUCAAUCCUCAGUAGGCACCAGAAUACUCACACAAUUAAGGAAACACACAUGGACAGAAAACUGCUCUAGCCUUUGUAUUGAUUCCCUCUAGUCUAGAUUGACAGUUGAUUCAAGUAAUCUUGGACCUUUUCUUGGCACACUUCAAGGGAGAAACUACCGUUUCAGCCCAGUAUUGGCCUUGUGGCACAGUUGCUGUUUCACCUGUUGAUAAGAUAUGGUAUCCACACUGGUUUCUUUCUUUUCACCUAUUUUGUGCUUGUUUUAGAAAGUUCACUGAAAUGUGCUCUGUUUCUUCUGUUCUUUUGUGAAUGCUCAGAGAGAAAUAAAGGCAUCUUAUGGCCUGGCGGUGUAAUGGUU